GGAAGGAGAGAGGGAGGGAAGGAGUCGGCGAUCCGGCGCAGCGUCUCCACUCACUCUCUCCGCUGCUGUAACUCUUCAACUCUGCCCGUUCUUUGCCUGGACAUGUCUUAAGAAAGUUGGAUCUCUCCCUCCCUCUCGCCUCUCUUCUUUUUCUUCUUCUUUUUAUUUUUUUUUCUUUUCUUCUUCUUCUUCUCCCACUCCCCGUGUAUUUUUCCUUCCCCCCUCGUUCAAGUUUCAAGCAGCGGAUGGGUUGGAGCCGACAUGCCGCGCUGUGGCGGCGGGGCCGGGCGCCGCGCUGGCUGCGCGCCGGGGCCGCGCUGAGCGCCAGGGCCACCGCGGGGUUCACGCUCUAGAGGCGUGUGGGCACCGGAGCAUUGCUCGUGCUUUCUCCAGAGGACAAAAAAGAAAGAGGGAGGAGGAAGCGUGCGGACAUGAACUGCGCUGGAGCGGACUUUGUGAGAAGAGUGCCGAGUCCAGCUGGUCUGGGUUUCUUUGUAAUUGCUGCCAUGGGAAGAUACUUGACUAUGCUGUUGCUGCUGAUGCUGCUGGUGCAGCAUUUUGGAAACUGUGAAGGAAAUCAAAGGCCACAUCAUGCUUCAUCAAUGCAAUUUACACAACUGCAGUAUAAUGCCACUGUGUAUGAGAAUUCCGCAGCCAAGACUUAUGUUGGGCAUCCAGUGAAAAUGGGCAUUUACAUUACAAAUCCACUGUGGGACUUAAGAUACAAAAUUAUUUCUGGUGACAGUGAGAACUUGUUCAAAGCUGAAGAGUAUGUUCUUGGAAACUUUUGCUUUUUGAGAAUACGGACCAAGGGAGGAAACACAGCUAUCCUUAACAGAGAGGUGAAGGACCAUUAUAUGCUGACUGUUAAAGCAGUUGAAAAAAAUACAAAUGCUGAAACACGCACGAAGGUCAGGAUACAGGUACUGGAUACAAAUGACUUGCGGCCUUUGUUUUCUCCAACAUCUUACAGCGUUUCUUUGCCUGAAAACACAGCAAUAAGGACCAGCAUCGCAAGAGUCAGUGCGACAGAUGCAGAUAUAGGAACAAAUGGAGAGUUCUACUAUAGCUUUAAAGAAAGAACAGAUGUGUUUGCUAUACAUCCAACUAGUGGAGUGGUAGUUCUAACUGGUAGACUUGACUACUCGGACACUAAGCGUUAUGAGAUGGAAAUUCUUGCAGUGGACCGUGGGCUGAAGCUGUAUGGUAGCAGUGGCAUAAGCAGUAUGGCAAAACUAACGGUUCAUGUAGAGCAAGCAAAUGAAUAUGCCCCUGUUAUUACAGCUGUUCCAUUGACUCCAUCAGAAUCAGACUCAGAUCCAACAUAUGCAAUAGUAACUGUAGAGGACAGUGACCAGGGUUCGAAUGGGGAAAUAGCAUCGUUAAAUAUUGUUGCAGGAGAUGCACUUCAACAGUUCAAAACAGUGAGGUCUGUUCCAGGUGGCAAAGAAUACAGAAUAAAAGCUAUUGGUCCCAUUGACUGGGAAAGUCACCCUUUUGGAUACAACCUUACCCUUCAAGCUAAAGACAAAGGGAGUCCCCCACAGUUUUCUUCGGUAAAAGUUGUUCAUGUGACAUCACCACAAUUUAGGUCUGGUCCGGUCAGAUUUGAAAAAGAGAUAUACAGAGCUGAAAUAAGUGAAUUUGCUCCUCCAAACACACCUGUGAUAAUGGUGAAAGCUGUGCCUAGUUACCCACAUUUAAAAUAUGUAUUUAAAAACACACCAGGAAAAGUAAAAUUCAAUUUAAACACUCACACUGGUCUUAUUACCACUUUAGAACCCAUAAAAGCACAGUAUGCAUCCCAUUUUGAACUUGAAGUUGUGACAAGUGACAGAAGAGCUUCUGCAAAAGUAUUAAUUAAGGUACUAGGCAUGAAUAGCAAUCCUCCUGAAUUUACUCAGACAUCCUAUAAAGCCUCCUUCGAUGAAAAUGUGCCAACAGGUACAAGUGUAAUGAGAGUGAGUGCAAAAGACCCUGAUGAAGGGGAAAACGGUUAUGUGACCUAUAGCAUUGCAAACUUAAAUCCAUUGCCAUUUGUGAUUAACCAUUUCAGUGGGAUUAUUAGUACCUCAGAAGACUUGGAUUAUGAAUUGAUGCCAAGGGUUUACAAUUUAAGGAUUCGAGCCUCUGAUUGGGGUAUACCAUAUCGCCGAGAAGUUGAAGUUCCUGUUACUAUUAUUUUAAAUAACUUGAAUGACAAUAUACCUCUGUUUGAGAAAAUAAAUUGUGAGGGAAUAAUCCCCAGGGAUCUUGGUGUUGGAGAGCAAAUAACAACUGUAUCUGCUAUUGAUGCUGAUGAACUCCAGUUGGUGAGAUACCAAAUUGAAUCUGGAAAUGAACUGGAUUUAUUUAACCUAAACCCAAAUUCUGGAGUACUGUCUCUCAAACAGUCACUAAUAGAUGGCCUAGGUGCUAAAAUGUCUUUUUACAGUUUGAAAAUUACAGCUACAGAUGGAGAGAACUUUGCAAAACCAUUGUAUAUCAACAUAACUGUAGCUGGUAGUCGCAAACCAGUCAACUUGCAAUGUGAAGAAACUGGUGUUGCCAAAAUGCUUGCAGAGAAACUCUUACAAGCAAAUAAGUUGCACAAUCGUGGAGAAGUUGAGGAUGCUUUCUUUGAUACUCACUCUGUGAAUCUGCAUGCACCUCAGUUUAGAAGUAUUCUCCCCAGUAGCAUUGAGAUAAAAGAAGACCAACCUGUGGGCUCCAGCAUAAUAUCUGUGGAUGCUGCUGAUCUUGAUACUGGCUUCAAUGGAAAGUUAGUAUAUGUUAUUUCUGCAGGUAAUGAAGACAGUAGUUUUAUUGUUGAUAUGGAAGGAGGAGUGCUGAAAAUUCUAUCUCCCCUUGACCGAGAAUUAAGAGAUAAAUAUACCCUCAAUAUUACUGUCUAUGAUCUUGGAAUACCACAGAAGUCUGCCUGGACCCUUUUAGAUAUAAAGAUUUUGGAUGCUAAUGACAACCCACCGGAGUUCCUUCAAGACAGCUAUUUUGUUGAAGUAAGUGAAAACAAAGAGCCCAACAGUGAAAUAAUUCAAAUUGGAGCUACUGAUAAGGAUUUGGGGGCUAAUGGAGAAGUGAAAUACUCCCUUCUUACAGAUACAGACAAGUUUACUAUUAAUUCUGUGACAGGAGUUGUGAAAGUUGUAGGGGUCCUGGAUCGGGAGGAACAGCACAUUUAUUUUUUGAAAAUUGAGGCUAGGGACCAACCUACUGAAGAACCUCAAUUAUUUUCAACAGUUAUUUUGAAAGUGGCUGUAGAAGAUGUUAAUGACAAUCCUCCCAAGUUUAUUCCUUCAAAUUACCAUGUGAAAAUUCGAGAAGAUCUUCCUGAGGGCACUAUUAUUACAUGGCUGGAAGCCUAUGAUCCUGAUUUAGGCCAGUCAAGUCAAGUACGGUACAGUCUUCUGGACAGUGGAGAUGGCACCUUUGACGUUGACAAAAUAAGUGGAGCAAUACGUAUUGUACAAAGACUGGAUUAUGAAAAGAAACAACUUUACAACUUGACCGUGCGGGCCAAGGACAAAGGAAAACCCAUUUCAUUGUCCUCUACGUGUUAUGUUGAGGUUGAGAUAAUAGAUGUGAAUGAAAACUUGCACCCCCCACAGUUCUCCAUAUUUGCAGAUAAAGGCUUCAUAAAAGAAGACGCUCCUGUUGGCUCCUCAGUAAUGACAGUAUCUGCUUAUGAUGAAGAUGCAGGACGAGAUGGGGAGAUCAGAUAUUCCAUCCGAGAUGGAUCGGGUAUAGGAGUUUUUCGAAUAGAUGAGGAAAAAGGAAUUAUUGAGACUGCAGAUCACCUGGAUCGUGAGACUACUUCACAUUACUGGCUUACUGUUUAUGCAACAGACCAAGGCGUUGUGCCUUUAUCAUCAUUCAUUGAAAUCUACAUAGAAGUUGGGGAUGUUAAUGAUAAUGCUCCUCAGACCACAGAGCCAGUUUAUUACCCAGAAGUCAUGGAAAACUCACCUAAAGAUGUAUCUGUCAUUCAGAUUGAGGCAUUUGAUCCAGAUUCAAGCUCAAGCGAAAAACUAAGCUACAAGAUUACAAGUGGAAAUCCACAGGGAUUCUUCUCAAUAAACCCCAAAACUGGGCUAAUUACAACCACAUCCAGAAAACUAGAUCGAGAGCAGCAGGGAGAGCACAUAUUGGAGGUAACAGUAACAGACAACGGGACUCCUGCAAAAUCAACAAUUGCACGGGUGAUUGUGAAGGUCUUAGAUGAGAAUGACAACAAGCCUCAAUUCUUGCAAAAAUUCUACAAAAUUCGGCUUCCAGAGCGUGGUAAGCCCGAGCGAGAGAGAACUGCUAGGAGAGAGCCAAUCUAUCGAGUUAUUGCUGCAGAUAAAGAUGAAGGCCCCAAUGCAGAGAUCUCCUACAGCAUUGAAGAUGGUGAUGAACAUGGCAAAUUCUUUAUUGAACCAAAAACUGGAGUGGUUUCAUCAAAGAAAUUUUCUGCAGCAAGGGACUAUGAUAUCCUUUCAAUUAAAGCUGUAGAUAAUGGUCGCCCACAAAAAUCUUCGACUACACGGCUUCACAUAGAAUGGAUUCCAAAGCCCAUCCCACCCGCAGAGCCUAUUUAUUUUGAGGAAUCAUUUUUUUCUUUUACGGUGAUGGAAAGUGACCCAGUUGCUCACAUGAUUGGUGUAAUAGCUGUUGAACCUCUUGGAACACCACUUUGGUUUGACAUAACGGGUGGCAACUAUGACAGUCGAUUUGAUGUGGACAAGGGCACAGGAACUAUCAUUGUUGCAAGACCUCUUGAUGCGGAGCAGAAAUCAAAUUACAACUUGACAGUAGAAGCAACAGAUGGAACCAGAUCUAUCAGCACUCAGGUGUACAUCAAAGUUAUAGACACAAAUAAUCACAGGCCUCAGUUUUCUGCUUCAAAAUAUGAAGUUGUUAUACCUGAGGAUACCUUACCUGAGACAGAAAUUCUGCAAGUCAGUGCCACGGACAGAGAUGAGAAGAAUAAACUGAUUUAUACUAUGCAGGGUAGCACUGAUCCCAUCAGUCUUAAAAAAUUUCGUCUGGACCCUGCAACUGGCUCCCUUUAUACCUCAGAAAAACUGGAUCAUGAGACCAUGAACCAGCAUAUUCUUACAAUAAUGGUUCGAGAUCAAGAUGUUCCUGUGAAGCGCAACUACGCCAGAGUCGUGGUUAAUGUCAGUGACACAAACGAUCACGCUCCGUGGUUCACCAGCCCUGCCUAUGAAGGACGAGUCUAUGAGUCAGCAGCUGUUGGAUCAGCAGUGCUCCAGGUUACAGCAUUAGAUAAGGACAAAGGAAAAAAUGCAGAAAUUGUGUACUCCAUUGAAUCAGGGAAUAUUGGAAAUUCCUUCCUUAUUGAUCCCAUUUUGGGAAUGAUUAAAAUUGCAAAGGAAUUAGAUCGUAGUAACCAGGAAGAAUACAAUCUGAUGGUAAAAGCUACAGAUAAAGGACAUCCUCCAAUGAGUGAAGUGACCUCUGUGCACAUAUUUGUUACAGUUUCUGAUAAUGCCUCGCCAAAAUUCACAGCCAAAGAAUAUUCAACAGAAAUCAGCGAAAGUGCCAACAUUGGCAGUUUUGUUGGAAUGGUUACAGCAUACAGUCAGUCUUCUGUAGUUUAUGAAAUAAAAGAUGGUAAUACAGAUGAUGCCUUUGCUAUCAACCCCAAUUCAGGUGUCAUCAUUACUCAGAAGAUACUUGAUUUUGAGACUUUGCCUUUUUAUGCUCUAACUGUGCAGGGAACAAACAUGGCUGGCUUAUCCAGUAAUGCAACAGUUUUGGUACAUCUUCAGGAUGAAAAUGACAAUGCACCAGUUUUUAUGCAGGCUGAAUAUACAGGACUCAUCAGUGAAUCAGCUUCAAUUAACAGUGUGGUUCUGACUGACAAGAAUAUCCCCUUAGUAAUUCGAGCUGCAGAUGCUGAUAAAGAAUCUAAUGCUUUGCUUGUUUAUCAAAUUGUUGAACCAUCUGUCCGCCAGUAUUUUGCCAUUGAUUCUAGCACUGGUGCCAUUCGGACAGUAAUGAGUCUGGACUAUGAGGAGACAAAUAUUUUCCACUUUUCCGUGCAAGUACACGAUACAGGGAUACCACGCCUAUAUGCAGAAUAUGCAGCUAAUGUUACUAUUUAUGUGAUUGACAUCAAUGAUUGCCCUCCUGUGUUUUCAAGAGAGCUUUAUGAGACAUCCCUUCUGGUUCCAACUUAUAAAGGCGUGAAAGUCAUAAGCGUUAAUGCCACUGAUGCAGAUUCAGGCAUUUUUUCCCAAUUAAUUUAUUCCAUUAUUGAAGGCAACAUUGGAGAAAAAUUUUCAAUAAACCCUAAGACUGGAGAUAUAACAGUACAAAACACAACUCAGUUAAGAAGCAGAUAUGAAUUAACAGUGAGAGCAUCAGAUGGCAGAUUUGCAAGCACUGCAUCUGUAAAAAUUAAUGUGAAAGAAAGCAAAGCAAGCCAGCUGAAGUUCACACAGAGUUCUUACUCUGCAACAGUGCAGGAGAAUUCCACAGAGGCAAAAACAAUAGCUGUUGUUUCUGCUAUAGGGAAUCAAAUAAAUAAGCCUCUGUUUUACCAUAUUCUAAAUCCAGACAGCAGAUUUAAAAUAAGCCAAACUUCAGGAGUCCUUUCAACAACAGGAAUACCAUUUGAUCGUGAACAGCAAGAAUCUUUUGAUGUGGUCGUGGAAGUGACAGAGGAAAAUAAACCAUCAGUUGUUGCACACAUUGUAGUUAAAGUCACAGUAGAAGAUGUAAAUGAUAAUGUUCCAUUUUUUGUCAAUCUUCCAUAUUAUGCUGCUGUUAAAGUAGACUCUGAAGCAGGCCAUGUUAUUCAACGUGUGACAGCAGUAGAUAAAGAUACGGGCAAAUAUGGAGAGGUGCGUUACUAUCUGAAAGAACAUAAUGAACAUUUCCAAAUUGAUCCCACUGGUGAAAUCUCCCUGAAGAAGAAGUUUGAACCAGACACACUAAAUAAGGAAUAUCUGGUCACAGUGGUAGCAAAAGAUGGAGGAGACCCUGCAUUUUCAGCUGAAGUUACAGUCCCGAUUACAGUUAUGAGUAAAGCUAUGCCAGUGUUCGAAAAGCCUUUCUACAGUGCAGAGAUACCAGAAAACAUUCAGCUCCAUAGCCCUGUGGUACAUGUACAAGCAAACAGCCCUGAAGGACUCAAGGUGUUUUACAGCAUCACAGGUGGCGAUCCUUUCAAUCAAUUCACUAUCAACUUCAACACUGGAGUUAUAAAUGUUGUUGCCCCUCUUGACUUUGAGUCUCAUCCAGCCUAUAAACUGAGUGUCCGAGCAACUGACUCCUUAAAUGGGGCACAUGCUGAUGUCUUUGUAGACAUAAUAGUGGAAGACAUCAAUGAUAAUCCUCCUGUGUUUACAGAGCAGUCUUAUAUUGCAACACUUUCAGAAGCAUCUGUCAUUGGAACAUCUGUUGCACAAGUGAGCGCUACAGAUGCCGAUUCUGGAACCAACAGGGGAAUUUCCUAUCACUUGGUUGAAGAUAAUAGUGAAAGUCAUGACUACUUUCACAUAGAUAGCAGCACUGGACUCAUUCUUACAGCAAAAACUUUGGACUAUGAACAAAUUAAGCAACACAAAUUACUAAUAAGGGCCAUAGAUGGUGGCAUGCUGCCCUUGAGCAGUGAUACUAUUGUAACUGUGGAUGUAACUGAUCUUAAUGACAACCCCCCUCUUUUUAGCCAAUUGCUUUAUGAAGCCAAAAUUAGUGAACUGGCUCCUCGAGGACAUUUUGUGACAUGUGUGCAGGCCUCAGAUGCAGAUAGUUCAGAUGCUGACAAGCUGGAAUACUCCAUUCUGACAGGCAAUGAUCAGAAGAAUUUUGUCAUUAAUAGUAAAACAGGCAUUAUCACUAUCUCAAACCUACGCAGACAGACACUGAAGUCACAUUAUAAUCUUAAUGUGUCAGUUUCCGAUGGUGUCUUCAGAAGCUCAGCCCAAGUCCAUAUAAUUGUAAUCAGUGCCAACAUGCACAGUCCUCUUUUCAGCCAGAAUGAGUAUGAGGUUGAACUAGCUGAAAAUUCUCCAUUGCAUACUUUGGUUACUGAAGUUAAAGCAACAGAUGAAGACUCUGGUACACAUGGCCACAUCACUUACCACAUUGUAAACGACUUUGCCAAAGACAGAUUUUAUACAAAUGAGAGAGGGCAGAUAUUUACCUCCGAAAAGCUUGACCGUGAAACACAAGCAGAAAAAGUAAUUGCCAUUAGUUUAAUGGCUAAAGAUUCAGGAGGGAAAGUUGCUUUCUGUACUGUUAAUGUAAUACUUACAGAUGACAAUGAUAAUGCUCCUCAAUUCCGAGCAACAGAGUAUGAAGUAAAUAUUGGGACUGAUGUUCCACGGGGUACUUCGGUCAUUAAAGUCUGGGCAUCUGAUGCUGAUGAAGGUACAAAUGCAGACAUCACAUAUGCUAUUGAAGCAGAGUCUGAAAAUGUAGAAGAGAAUUUAGAAAUUGAUUCAUUGUCUGGUAUAAUUACUACAAAAGAAAGCUUAAUUGGCUUGGAAAAUGAGUUUCUUACUUUCCUUGUUAGAGCAAUUGAUGGUGGAUCCCCCCAAAAAGAGUCAGUUGUUCCUGUCUAUGCUAGAAUACUCCCACCAGAAGUGCCUACUCCAAAAUUUUCAGAGCCAUUUUAUUCUUACACUGUUUCUGAGGACAUUCCAGUUGGAACUGUGAUAGAUGUUAUCAAAGCAGACCAUAAUCAGACUUUAGUAUAUAGUCUGAUUAAAGGGAACACUCCUGAAAGCAACAGAGAUGACUUUUUUGUGAUUGACCGACAGACUGGAGAGUUGAAACUUGAGAAGAAUCUUGAUCAUGAAACAACUAAGUGGUACCAGUUCUCAGUUCAAGCACAGUAUGCAAAUGAAGAUUAUAAUGUUGUUUCCUCAGUAGAGGUUAGCAUUCAAGUAAAAGAUGUGAAUGAUAACCAACCCAUUUUGGAGUCCAACCCAUAUGAAGCAUUCAUUGUAGAAAACACACCAGCUGGAACAAGAGUCAUACAGGUUAAAGGAACUGACUUAGAUUCAGGACUCAAUGGGCAGGUCACUUACAGCUUGGAUCCUUCUCAAGAGCUAGACAUUAUAGAGUCUUUUAGCAUAAAUAUGGAAACUGGCUGGAUUACCACUCUGAAAGAACUCGAUCACGAGAAACGAGACAAGUACAAAAUCACAGUGGUUGCAUCUGACCGGGGUGAAAAAAUUCAGCUGUCUUCUAUGGCUGUGGUUGAAGUUACUGUCACAGACGUGAAUGACAAUCCUCCACGCUUUACUGCAGAGAUAUAUAAAGGAACAGUCAGUGAGGAUGACCCUCCUGGUGGGGUAAUUGCCAUCCUGAGUACAACAGAUGCUGAUACAGAGGAAACCAAUAGACAAGUCUUUUAUUACAUCACAGGAGGUGAUCCUUUGGGACAGUUUGCUAUUGAAAAUAUACAGAAUGAAUGGAAGGUCUAUGUCAAAAAACCUCUGGACAGGGAAGAAAAGGAUAAUUAUCUUCUAAAUAUUACAGCUACUGAUGGGACCUUUGCAGCUAAAGCUGUGGUGGAGGUUAAAGUUCUUGAUGCUAAUGAUAAUAGCCCUGUUUGUGAAAAGACUUUAUAUGCUGAUUCAGUUCCUGAAGACGCCCUUCCUGGCAAGCUGAUAAUGCAGGUGUCUGCUACAGAUACAGAUAUUCGUUCCAAUGCAGAAAUUACUUACACACUGCAUGGCACAGGAGCAGAAAAAUUCAGACUCACUCCAGACACAGGUGAAUUGAAAACAUUAAUGGCACUUGAUCGUGAGCAGCAAGCAGUUUAUCAUCUCCUAGUGAAAGCCACAGAUGGAGGAGGAAGAUUUUGCCAAGCUAACAUUAUCCUAACUUUGGAAGAUGUGAAUGAUAAUGCUCCAGAGUUUACAACUGACACUUACUCCAUCACAGUAUUUGAAAACACAGAGCCUGGAACCCUUUUGACAAGAGUGCAGGCAACAGAUGCAGAUGCAGGGUUGAAUCGUAAAAUCCAUUAUGCACUGGUGAACUCUGCAGAGGGGCAGUUCUCUAUUGAUGAGUUCUCUGGAAUCAUUCGUUUGGAGAAGCCUUUGGAUCGGGAAUUACAAGCUGUGUACAUGUUAACUUUGAAGGCUACAGAUGAAGGCUUACCUAGAAGACUGUCUUCAACAAGUAGUCUUAUAGUUUCUGUUUUGGAUAUUAAUGACAAUCCACCUGUAUUUGAGCAUAGGGAGUAUAGUGCAAGUGUAUCAGAGGACAUUUUGGUUGGAACUGAAGUUCUCCAGAUCCAUGCUGCAAGCAGAGACAUUGAAGCCAAUGCUGAAAUCACAUACUCAAUAGUCAGUGGGAAUGAACAUGGAAAAUUCAGCAUCGAUUCAACAACAGGUAACAGGACAGUUAAAAACUUACAUUACAAAAUUUCUCAUGAGUACUACUUGACAGUGGAAGCCACAGAUGGAGGCACACCUUCAUUAAGUGAUGUUGUAACAGUGAAUAUUAAUGUCACGGAUAUCAAUGACAAUUCUCCAGUGUUUAGCCAAGACACUUACACUGCAGUAAUCAGUGAAGAUGCUAUGCUUGAACAAUCAGUUAUUACAGUUAUGGCAGAUGAUGCUGAUGGACCUUCCAACAACCGCGUUCACUACACAAUUAUAGAUGGCAAUCAAGGAAAUCCUUUUACAAUUGACCCUACCAGGGGUGAAAUAAAAGUGACUAAGCUUCUAGACAGAGAAAAGAUUUCAGGAUAUACCUUGACAGUUCAAGCUUCAGACAAUGGAAGCCCACCUAAGCUUAACACAACUACAGUUAACAUUGAUGUUUCUGAUGUAAAUGAUAAUCCUCCAGUGUUCUCGAAAGGAAACUAUAGUGUUAUCAUCCAGGAAAAUAAGCCUGUUGGAUUCAGUGUGCUGCAGCUAGUGGUGACAGACAGGGAUUCUUCUCACAAUGGUCCUCCUUUUCUCUUCACCAUCCUGACUGGAAAUGAAGAGAGAACUUUUCAGAUUACCCAGCAGGGAGUUCUGACAACAAGUGCUGCACUGAAUCGCAAAGUGAGAGAUCACUAUUUGCUUCAUGUUAAGGUGGCAGAUAAUGGAAAACCACCAUUGUCAUCUUUGACUUACAUUGAUAUUAGAGUUAUUGAGGAAAGCAUUUAUUCUCCAGCAAUACUGCCUCUGGAAAUUUUUAUUACAGCCUUUGGAGAAGAAUAUUCAGGUGGUGUCAUUGGAAAAAUUCACGCAACCGAUCAAGAUGUUUAUGAUACCUUGACAUAUAGUUUGGACCCCAAAAUGGAAUCCCUGUUCUCUGUUUCCAGUACUGGUGGAAAACUAAUAGCACACAAAAGGUUAGACAUAGGACAGUAUCUCCUAAAUGUCACUGUUACAGAUGGAAAAUUUACAACUGCAGCUGAUAUUACUGUACACAUCAGACAAAUCACACAAGAGGUAUUAAAUCACAGUAUCACAAUACGUUUUGCAAACCUGUCCCCUGAAGAAUUCAUUGGUGAUUACUGGCGCAAUUUCCAGAGAGCAUUGAGAAACAUCUUGGGCGUGAGGAGAAAUGACAUCCAGAUUGUUAGUCUGCAGCCUUCUGAUCCGCCUUCUAAUCUGGAUGUCCUCCUGAAUAUUGAAAAGUCUGGUAGCUCUCACCACCCAACAAGAAUUUUGCUCCACAAGAUAAACUCUUCUGUGCCUGACCUAGAAGAGAUUUUGGGUGUCCGGAUAAUUGAUGUGUUUCAUAAGCUCUGUGCAGGCCUUGAUUGUCCUUUGAAAUUUUGUGAAGAAAAAGUAACAGUGGAUGAGAACAUCAUGUCAACCCACAGCACGGCCAGGUUGAGCUUCGUCACUCCCCGUCAUCACAGAACAGCAGUUUGUCUUUGUAAAGAAGGGAAAUGCCCCCUGGUGAACAGCGUGUGUGAAGGAAACCCAUGUCCUGAAGGUACUGAAUGUUUAGGAGAUCCAAAGGAAGGAAAAUACAUCUGUGUUUGCCAAGACAGCAAAGCUGGACAAUGUCCUGCAUCAGCUGGCUCUGCUGUGACAUUUACUGGGAGCAGCUAUGUGAAAUAUCGUCUCAUGGAAAGUGAGAACAAAGAGGAAAUGAAGCUGACAAUGAGACUUAGAACUUACUCUGCUCAUGCAGUUGUUAUGUAUGCUCGAGGAACAGACUACAGUAUCUUAGAGAUCCAUCAUGGAAGACUGCAGUAUAAAUUUGAUUGUGGCAGUGGACCUGGGAUUGUCUCUGUUCAGAGCACUCAGAUAAACGAUGGCCAGUGGCAUUCCAUAUCUCUUGAAGUGGAUGGAAACUAUGCCCGACUUGUUCUGGACAGGGUGCAUACUGCAUCUGGUACUGCUCCUGGUACACUUAGAACACUAAACCUAGACAAUCACGUGUUUUUUGGUGGUCACAUUCGUCAGCAAGGUACAAGACAUGGUAGAAGUCCUCAGGUUAGCAAUGGUUUCAGAGGCUGUAUGGACUCCAUUGUACUAAAUGGACAAGAGCUGCCCCUAAACAGCAAGCCACGAAACUACGCACACAUGGAAGAAUCUGUAGAUGUCACUCCUGGAUGCUUACUGACUGCCACAGAUGGCUGUUCAAGCAGCCCAUGUCAGAAUGGAGGCAUCUGCAAUGCACUGUCAAAUGGAGGUUACUACUGCAAGUGUGCACCUUUGUUUAUGGGAACUCACUGUGAUGUAAGUGUCAACCCAUGUGCUUCCAACCCCUGCCUUUAUGGUGGGACUUGCAUCCCAGUCAGUGAUGAUUUUAUCUGCCAGUGCCGAGGACAAUACACAGGUCAAAGAUGCCAGCUGGGUCCAUACUGCAAAGAUAAUCCUUGCAAAAAUAGUGGCAAGUGUAUUGACAGUUUGGAUGGACCUGUUUGUGAGUGUGAAGCAGGCUUUCGUGGAGAAAGGUGCCUGACUGAUGUCGAUGAAUGUGUAGAAAACCCAUGUCUCAAUGGUGCCCUUUGUGAGAAUACUUAUGGUUCAUAUCACUGCAACUGUAGUCGUGGAUUUGGAGGCAAACACUGCACAGACAUUGUUCUCAAUAAAUAUGUUUCAACAUCUUGGAACAUUAGCUUAGCUGAAGUGAUUGGAAUUAUUGUUUUCGUCACAGGAAUCUUCUUGUUAGUUGUGAUUUUUGUUGUUUGCCGCAAAGUGGUUGGUAGAAAGAAGAAGCACCAGCCAGAACCUGAAGACAAGCAACUGGGAGCUACAACAGCCUUCUUGCAAAGACCAUGUUUUGAUGCAAAAUUGAAUAAGAACAUCUAUUCUGACAUCCCACCACAGGUUCCUGUUCGUCCUAUUUCAUACACUCCAAGCAUUCCAAGCGACUCCAGGAACAAUCUUGACAGGAAUUCUUUUGAAGGGUCUGCUAUCCCUGAGCACCCCGAAUUUAGUACUUUUAACCCAGAUUCUGUACAUGGUCACCGGAAAGCUGUAGCUGUUUGCAGUGUUGCACCAAAUUUGCCACCUCCACCUCCCUCCAACUCACCUUCAGACAGUGAUUCAAUACAGAAACCCAGCUGGGAUUUUGACUAUGACACUAAAGUAGUAGAUCUUGACCCCUGCCUUUCUAAGAAGCCUCUGGAUGAAAAGAACUCCCAUCCUUACAGUGCAAGAGAAAGCAUGUCUGAGGUCCAGUCUCUCAGCUCCUUCCAGUCUGAAUCAUGUGAUGACAAUGCUUCCGUAGUGACUGUAAUACACCUUGUCAAUGCUGUUGUUGACUCGGUGGAAAAAGAAGAAUCUUUUGCUGUUCCUGACCUCAGCAAUUCAAGAGGUUAUCACUGGGAUACAUCAGAUUGGAUGCCAAGUGUUCAGUUGCCAGGUAUCCAAGAGUAUCCAAAUUACGAAGUGGUUGAGGAGUCAGCUCCCCUCUACACAGAUCCAAAUGCCAUCGAUACAGACUAUUACCCUGGUGGUUAUGACAUAGAAAGUGAUUUUCCACCUCCACCUGAUGAUUUCCCUGCACCUGAUGAGCUUCCACCGUUACCACCUGAAUACAGCGACCAGUUUGAGUCAAUACAGCCACCCAGAGACAUGCCAGCCGUAGGUAGCUUGGGUUCUUCUACAAGGAGCAGGCAGAGAUUUAACCUUAAUCAGUACCUUCCCCAUCACUACCCUGCAGAUAUGUCAGAACCUCAGACCAGCCCCAGUGGCGGCAGCGGCAGCUACAGAGAGCCGUACGCUCCAUACUCACUGGGGUUCAAUCCAGACUUUGAAGCACCCACUGUAGACAACAUGUCCAUGUCUGUGUACGCUUCCACAGCCUCCUGCUCGGAUGUGUCGGCAUGCUGUGAAAUGGAGUCUGAAGUCAUGAUGAGUGACUAUGAGAGUGGAGACGAUGGUCACUUCGAAGAUGUGAAAAUUCCUCCGCUUGAUUCCCAGCAACAUACACAAGUCUGACACACUCAACAAAAGUGCCUGGACUCUAACAAACUUUAUCAAAUCCAGAACAAUUUUCAAGAGCUUUUUUAUUUUUUCUUCUUUUUUUCCAGCCACGAUGAAUGCUUUUAUUUCAGUGAGCUAAACUGGCAUGGCAGCAUUGGAUCAUGCAAUUCAUUUCACUAAAUGAACCUCUUUCCAUUUCCUGACCUACUGUAUUUGGAAAGUUCUAAGAUUUCCAUUGGCUGUGCCAUUUCUGAACAUCCUUUAUGUAUUUACAUUGUUCUAUGUUUAAAAGAAAUCACAUACCACUUCUCCAUGUUAGCAUGACACAUAUAUUUAUAUAGUUCCAAUGCAAUUAAUUUUCUCCUAUUUCUUUGUAAAUUCUAUGUACAGUUUUGAUUUUAUUAGUUUUAACUAGAUUUUGUAGAUAUUUUGUGAAUUUGUUUUCCACUGAAACUAGUGAUGUUAGUGUGCCAUUAAAAAUGAGCACCCUGACUUCUUAUAAUCAGGGCAUCACUGUAUGUAUUCCCCUGAAAACUAAGGUUUGACAUUUCAUUGUAAAACAUUCAACAUAUUCACACAAUUUCAAUUGUACAUACAUUAGGUCUGAUAUUUUUCUGGGUCAGCUAUUUGGAAAUGUCUUAAAUGGGUUGCUGUAUUUUAGAACUGUAAACAUUUUUUUCCCUUCUUGGAAAGUGUGUUGGGGACCCUCUGCAUACCAGUUUAGAACCAAAACCACCAUGACACAGUUUUUAUAGUGUCUGUAUAUUUGUGAUCCAAUGGUCUUGUAAAGGUUUUUACUGAAAAUUAUCAUUAGCCAGUCUUUCUUACUGACAAUAAAUUAUUAAUAAAAUACUUUAGCUUUGCUCUGUGUAUCUCUAUUAUAUAAUAUACCAUUGACAAAGCAUUCAGUGCAGCAUUUUUUACGUCUGUAUAUGUUUUGUACUGUAUUAAGUUACUUGCUCCAAGCAACUCCUUUUCCUCUCCUCUGAAAUCAGCCUGCAGCUGUGUUAGAGAUGCUCACAAGAUGGCAGUGUGUGUCUGCUUAAUGGUGUUUUUAAAAGUAAUUGGGCCAGUCUGAAUAAAGAUUGAUGGGUAUCAAACUGCA